GGGGGACAGCGUGGGGGGUUGCAGUCCCCAGCCCGCCGCUCCAGGCCGCUGCCGCCCACCUGCCCAGCGGCCUCCUUCCCUGCUCAGCCCUUCCGCUCCGCUGCUUGACCUUUGCGCCUCCUGGAAGUCACCGGCCCGGAGAGCGCCGGGGACCGACCGGCCUCUCCGCCCGCUCUCCGGAGAGGAAAGGUCUGACCACAGACGAUCGAAAGUCGCUGGGGCGGGCUGGAAGGACACCGCUCGCUCCCUACCCCCCUUGCCCACCCGAAGACCCGGGCCCCGCGCGCGCUCCACUCGGCUCGGCCAGGAACGAGGCCGGCUCAACCUUCAGCUUCCCGGGGCCUCGCGGUCGCCCAAGGCUGCAGCGGCGCCACCCAACUGUGCCGAGGCCACCCUGCCGCACAGACAGCUCCCUGUUCACAAUGUCUUCCAUUAAGAUCGAGUGUGUUUUGCGGGAGAAUUGCCGGUGUGGGGAGUCUCCGGUGUGGGAGGAGGCAUCCAGUUCGCUGCUCUUUGUAGAUAUUCCUGCAAAGAAGGUUUGCCGGUGGGAUUCGCUUAGCAAGCGCGUGCAGCAAGUGACCCUGGAUGCCCCCGUCAGCUCCGUGGCCCUUCGCCAGGGAGGAGGCUAUGUGGCCACUGUUGGGACAAAGUUCUGUGCUUUGAACUGGGAAGAUCACUCAGCAGUUGCCCUGGCCUCAGUAGAUGAAGACAAGAGGAACAAUAGGUUCAACGAUGGGAAGGUGGAUCCCGCUGGGAGAUACUUCGCAGGCACCAUGGCCGAGGAGACAGCCCCCGCAGUUCUGGAGCGGCACCAGGGGUCCCUGUACUCCCUCUUUCCUGACCACCACGUGGAAAAGUAUUUUGACCAGGUGGACAUCUCCAAUGGUUUGGAUUGGUCCCUGGACCACAAAAUCUUCUAUUACAUCGACAGUCUGUCCUACUCGGUGGAUGCCUUUGACUAUGACCUACAUACAGGAAAGAUCUCCAACCGCAGAAGUAUUUACAAGCUGGAGAAAGAAGAGCAAAUUCCAGAUGGGAUGUGUAUCGAUGUGGAGGGGAAGCUCUGGGUUGCCUGUUACAAUGGAGGGAGAGUGAUUCGUUUAGACCCUGAGACAGGGAAAAGACUCCAAACUGUGAAGUUGCCUGUUGUUAAAACAACCUCGUGCUGCUUCGGAGGGAAGGACUACUCUGAAAUGUAUGUGACCUGUGCUCGGGACGGAAUGGAUCCCGAGGGUCUUCUGCAGCAGCCUGAAGCUGGUGGGAUCUUCAAGAUAACUGGCCUGGGGGUCAAAGGAAUUCCUCCCUAUCCCUAUGUGGGAUGAGUGGCAGGCCUUCUUUCCUACUGGAGAAACUUUUGAAGACACGUAGAAAAUUCUAGAGCUGAAAUUUCAAUCUAGUUACAAAAAAUUAAAGAAAUGAUGCUAUUAAUAGGGUUAAUUUUUUCCCAAUUUUUAAAAGGUAAAACAUUUUAAUAAGGGGUUACAGGUCGUUUUGAUAACAUACUAAAAUGCCUUCCGCAAAGGUAUUAUAGAAGUAGAGAGAACUGUUCAGAUGUCAACCAGCCUCUUGAUUCUUUGCAAAUUGCUAGAAGGGGACGGGGGGGACCAUGUCUGUUGCACAUUCCAUACUUACUAUACCUGAAGUUUCAAAAAACUAAUAAAUAAUGUCUUAGUAAUGACUUAC